CGAUUUAGGUAUAAAAUUUCAGAUGACAAAAAAAAAUUGUAAAGUAGUCGCUCUUCAAAUUUUCUCGAGUAUUUUGUGCCACAAACCAAAAUCACUUUUAUUUUGAAAGUUGAAUUUUUCUCGCGACACAAUGUUGAGAAAGUUGCAAGUUUAGUGGUUAUUUAACCGUUAACCUCGCUAUGAAGCGUGCAAUUUAUUUGACAAAUUCCCAUGACGACACUAGCUGUCAAAAUAACUUUCCAAGUGUAACAAACAAAAAAAGGCUUGUGUUUGAGAGUCUAGAGAUCACAUUAGUCACUAUAAUAAUAACUGUAUCGUCUAUAUUGGGUGGCUCAGCUGUGGAUAACGUUUAUCGUAAUAUAAUAUGGUCAUAUGAUGCUAUAUCGUGCAUAUAGUAUAACCAGUUCGUGAUCAUGUGUGUGCGUCGUAAUUUUCUCGCAGUAUGCUCUCCAAAUUGACAACUAUCGUGAAGCAUAAACAAAUAAAAUUUUCCUUUGUUUAUCGAGCUACGAAUGAUCAAGCGAUUGUCAUUUGAGUUACGAACGUGAAGUACCACAAUCGCGAAAACGUAGUGUGCGUGGUGUGCGUUUGUGUGUGUCAACGUGUAAAUAGCGAUUGUUGUCGAAACCGUUUCGAAAUUCGAGAAACAUGGAUGAUGAUGAUCAAUAUCAGGCAGGUUACAAUGUGGGAUCAUUCCCUCAAGACUUUGGUUACACACCUUUCGAUGGCGAAGGAGAUGGAUCCGCUGCUUUGCUUGCUGGGGAACAGAAGCCUAGAAUUCUUCUAAUGGGCUUAAGAAGGAGCGGUAAAUCAUCGAUCCAAAAAGUAGUUUUUCACAAAAUGUCACCAAACGAAACGCUCUUCCUGGAAAGUACUAACAAGAUCAUUAAAGACGACAUCAGCAAUUCCAGUUUUGUCCAAUUCCAAAUAUGGGAUUUUCCAGGACAAAUAGAUUUUUUUGAUCCAACUUUUGACAGCGACAUGAUUUUUGGUGGUUGCGGAGCUCUUGUUUUUGUCAUUGAUGCCCAGGAUGAUUAUAUGGAAGCUUUGAAUAAACUUCAUCUCACAGUUACCAAAGCUUACAAAGUUAAUCAGGCCAUCAAGUUUGAAGUUUUUAUUCACAAAGUUGAUGGAUUGUCGGAUGAUUACAAAAUGGAAACUCAGAGAGAUAUCCACACGAGAGCAAAUGACGAUUUAGGAGAUUCUGGUUACGAUCAAAUUCAUUUGAGCUUCCAUCUCACGUCCAUCUACGAUCACAGCAUUUUCGAAGCUUUCAGUAAAGUUGUUCAGAAGUUGAUACCACAAUUGCCAACGUUGGAAAACCUUCUGAAUAUUCUCAUAUCGAAUUCAGCGAUCGAGAAAGCCUUUUUGUUUGAUGUCGUUUCGAAGAUAUACAUUGCGACUGACAGUUCACCGGUUGAUAUGCAAAGUUACGAACUCUGUUGUGACAUGAUCGACGUCGUUAUCGAUGUUUCCUGCAUCUAUGGACUCCGAGAAGAUUUGGAAGCCGCUGCAUUUGAUAAUCAGAGCUCGAGUCUUAUAAAACUUAACAACGGUACGAUACUUUACUUACGCGAAGUCAAUAAAUUUUUGGCCCUUGUGUGCAUCCUCCGUGAGGAUAAUUUCGACAGACAAGGAGUGAUCGAUUACAAUUUUCUCUGCUUUCGUAAAGCGAUACAGCAAGUCUUCGAAUUACGAAACAAAGCACUAGCAGCCGCCAGCGCGAACAAUCAUUCAUCCUCGCCGGCGAGCGUAAAUGAUACAACGACUGUGCCGGCGAAUCAAGCCGGUACGAUUGGUCAAAAUGGAACUGUAGUUCUUGCCCAGAGUUAAUCAAUGCCCUGAGCGAAAUUAGAAGUUUCAACGGAAAUACUUUAUUCUUUGUAUAUUUUGUACAACCCCCGUUGCAUUUACAGCUAUUGGGAUCGUUAACCUUUAGAAGAGAAGAACAAACUUUGAGAAAGAAAAACAUUUGAACUCGGUGCCAUCUCCAAAUAAAAAUAAAUGUGUGUAAUCGACGAAUAAGAAGCUUUUGUAAAGAAGGAAGCAAUUUUUUCCGCUAAUCAAUAAGUGUAUAUAUGAACCGGUAAUUACGAGCUUCAAAAUUAUUCAUUACGAAAAGAUUCUAAGACUUGGGGAAGCAGCAAGAGCUUCAAAAUAAUAUUUCUUCUUCAGCAAGUAAUUUCUGAAAAAAAAUGAAAUUUGUAUAUUCACUUGAAAUUGAACUGCGAUUAAUUUGCAACGUAAUUUUUUCUCUAUUUGCCGUUUCAUCUCCGCAUUCGCGUUUUGAGUUUUUUUUUGUUUGUUUUUAUAAUUUUCUCCAUUGUUGGUACUCCUAUAGUACAUUUAUAAGGUAAACAUGAUACUAAAAGAAACAAUGUUGGAACGAUAUUAGUACAUUAUUAAUUUUUAAAUGUCAUUUGAAAAUUCAAUUUUACCGAUUUAUCGGACCAUAUUCGCGUUAAAUCGACCAUGCCAUGACAUCAAAUUCGUCUCUCUCUUUCUCUCUGUUCUUGAAAUUUCAGUUAAAAUUGUCGUUUUGUCGUAAAAGAAAGAAAAUGUCAAAUUUAGACACGUUGCUGUAAAUGGUGCACAAGCAAGUAAUUAUAUAAAAUUAUAUAUAUUCAA